GGGGCAUAUACUUUCUUGGACCAGGACACGUCAGGAAACUUUGAUCCGUCUAACGAAAAGCGUGUCCCUAAGAAGACUAGGACUCACGCUGUGAAAUUCCCUAAGAAGGUUCCCGUAAAGUUGCAAAGUAGCAAGGCGAGCAGAACGGAUAAGACGAGCAAGACGCACAAUUUCUAUAACAUCCCCAAGCCUACUGCCACUCACAAAACUAUCAAAGGCAAGAAAAAAGUGCGGUCUAAGACCCCUCCGUCUAAAGAUCAAGAGCAAGACAAAGCCGAGAAACCACCGCGUAUUCUUGAGCCCCGGUACAACAACUACCUUACUCCAGAAGCUUUACGAAUACAGCCAGUAAAGUCGCGCUCUCUAAGCCCAGACAUCCUUGAAGACACCGCUGGAAACUGGGGCCAAGUAAUUCGGAUGAAGACUAGUUUCACACAUCCAAUUCAGUUCGAUGUCAGUCUUGGAGACGAUAAUAUCCUUGAUUGCAGCUUCUGCAAUAUGGCUGAAUUUAGCUUUGUUGGCUACUUUGAGCAAGACGUGUAUUGUAUACGCUGGGAGAACGGAUGUGGAUAUACGCACAUAGCUGGCGGUCAGACUAAGCAUGGUCAAACUAGACGAGCACAGAUUGUAAUGUGUGAGGGUCAUGACAUUCAACGGAUAUACCCAGACACUGUUGCCGUUGACUUUGCCGAAAUUCUCAAUGAUUUACUUACAGAGGAGGAUCCCGCUGCUAUUAAAAGGCAGUUACUACGAUGGUGUUCUAUGUGCUUCUCACCUGCGGUUUUCGCCUGCCGUAAGCGUCAGUCAUCUCUGUUUUCUAAGAAUGAAGAGAUUGAUAGUUGUGGUCUAAGACUCUGCGCUGCCUGCGAGAUAAGGCUCAGAGAAAAUUUCGAGGGGGAUACAAGUGCUAUGGCUGCUACGCUGGAUGAUGAGGACAAAGCUAAAGAAGACGAUGAGGAUCUGCAUGGGAAGGUCAGAGCGGAUGUUGGAUUCUUAAGCACAGAUGGUAUUCUUGCGAGGAAUCUGAAUUGUUUAACAGAGGUAGAAGAUGAAUAA